GGAAGAAGCAAUACCGCUGAAACAGAUACUGCAAUAACAGUUAUUGUUUGCUGAACACACACCAGGAGGAUUAAUCCCGAAAGUUGAGAACCACAAAGAAGAUAUCCCGAGGGUUGGGAGGUGGGAUCUAUACCAGAUUUCUGAUUACAUUUGGAGAACAGACAUGACAGAGUUUUCGCCAACUCCUAGCUUUGUGGCUGAGUUUUCACAGCUUGAGAAGCAACUAGGUAUAUCAACAGUGGUACCCAGCAAGGACGACCUGCAAAGUUGGCAGAAAGCGCAAACCAUUGAGAAUUGCCAUCUGAAAGAGCAACUGCAAGCAAAGCAAGCAAUGUUUAAAGCAGUGUAUGCAAUUGCCAGAGAAGGGAUAUCAGAAGGGGACCUUUCAUGAACAGAAGAAUUCAAGAUUCACAAUUUUAGUUGCCAAAUUAUGCAAGAAAUGGGUAUUGAUCCUUAUAAAGUGACCCAGGAAGAGUUUAUGCAACAUGAAGAUGCUGGACAUGAAGGUACUGAGCAUGGAGCUACUGAGCAUGAAGAAGAAGAGUUACAGUUAGUUGAGACUGAGCAACAAGGAGAUGAAAGUACUGAGCAUGAAGAAGAAGAGACCGAGAAAGAGACUGAGCAAGAGAAAGAUGACGCGGAAACUUCCUUCCAUGAAGAAUUUCCAUGUAUGAGCCUUGCAGCUGGAAAUACGCCAACAAUUCUGCAAGCUCAAACUGCUGCAGAGGAGCACAAGGCUCCUCCAAAGAAGAAGCGCACUGGUAAGAAAAAGCGCACUACUGCAGAUGUUGUUGAUGAGGCGCAGAAGAAAGCUGAUGAAGAGACGCAUGCUGCUGAUGAGGCGCAAAAGAAAGAUGCAUAAGGUGGUGAUGUGGUUGAGCAGCAUGAGAAAGCCGCAAGAGAUGAUGCAGAUGUCAUUGAAGAGACACCUGCAACUGUUGGUGACGGUUUGGUUCCGACUGCUCCAACUCAGCCAACACCUGAAACUUUUGAGGACAGUUUUGCUUCAAUACAGUUUGAGGACUCCAUGGUGAUAACUGCUACAACACAGCAAACACAGCCUGACAAUGCUCAGACCUACAGCUUGGUGCAACUAGAAGCUAACCCUACUGAUAUGACGGAUUUUCCAGUGAGUGAAAUGCUAGAUGAGAUUGUCGACGAUAUUAACAAAAGUGAACAUGGACCUGCAGUGAUGGAGAAUGCAGAA